AGCCUUCGGACGCGCCCAGUGACUACCCGUCCCAAGACCCCGUCUACCCGACCGAGGACCCCAGUCCGUCGCCGUCGCCCUCCAACAAGCCGACACUCGGACCUCGCCCCGUCACCGGCGACCUCAAGACGCAGAUCAUCUACCAGACGUCGGUCAUUCGUGCUGCCCACGGCCUUGGCCCCGUCACCUGGAACGACGAGCUCGGCGCCAAGAUGCAGGCCUGGGCCGACUCGAACCCGCAGCAGAACGGCGGUGGCCACGGCGGCCCGCCCGGCAACCAGAACCUCGCCAGCUUCCUCGUCUGCAAGAACGACUGCAUGGCCAGCGCCGGUCCUGCUUGGAGCUGGUACUCGGGCGAAGAGAAGCUCUGGGACUACAGCACGAACAAGAGCAAGGACGGCAACUGGAUGACGACCGGUCACUUUUCCAACUCGAUGGACCCGGGCGUCAACGAGAUUGCGUGCGGCUACUCGACGUUUUACAACCCAACGAUCCAAGCCGAUGACUCGCUCGUGUGGUGCAACUACCUCGGCGGCAACGACAAGCCGAUUCCGCGACCGCUCAUGGACCAAGAGGCGCUCAUGAAGAAGCUAGUCUCGGCGUAUUGA